AUGCACGUGGAGGAACUGCCUUCCGCAUCCGAGGUGGAGCUGCUGGCGCCCGAGCCCCGCUCCAGGCCUCGCCGCUGGGCGGCGGUCCUGCCGCUGCUGGUGGCCGCGGCUGGCUUGGCGUUGGUGGUGGCACUCUUCGGCGCACCGCGUGCCAGGAGGACUGCGGUCGCCGUGCGCGGCGCGGAGGUUCUGCAGGAGGAGGGCCAGAGCGACGGCGAGGGCAGCGGCGACGGGAAGGGAGCGCCAGCGUGUGGCAGCCCGGGAGGCGCUUGCCUCGACUCGGGGUGCUGCGUGGACGGUGGCGAGAGCGGUUACCAGUGCUACAAGAAGACGGAUGGAUGGGCGGAGUGCGCGGGCACGUGCGAAGAGGGUCAGGUAACCGACGGCGAGACGGAUGGCACGUACGACCAGUGGGGCACGUUCAAGCCCACCGCAUGGAGCUGCAAGAAGGUCGGUAAGCGCUCCAAGAAGGGCUGCACAUUUUUGAACGAGACUGAAUGCGAUAAGGACCGCUGCGUCUGGAGCCAGCCGCCCGAUGCCCGGUCUGCCUGCUUGCCGAUCUGCGGCCAGAUGCCCGACGAAGGGGCGUGCGGGUCGCAAGCGCACUGCAUGUGGUACGACGGCGUGUGCAAGCCCGGCUGCGGCUCCGAGGACACGUGCCCCACUGACAGGUGCGUGGAGCAGGAGCCAGGACGGGUUGACACCUGCAUCAGGGCCUGCUGGACCUACCGGAGCCAGGACGAGUGCCCGAUGGCGCAGGGCUGCAUCUUCGAGGGCGUCGAGUGCAAGGCAGACCCGUGCUCCUCGCCCGACGAGAGCUGCCUCGAGACCAAGUGCUGCAGCCAGCAGCGCGGCGCUGGGGGGAUGACCUGCUUCUCGAAGGACAAAAACUAUGCCCAGUGCAAGCGCAGCUGCUGGGAGGACGGCUGGGGCUGCGAGGAGCUGGGUAAUCGCACCAAGCUUGCCGCCGGCUGCUCGUGGCCCGGGCAGGACUGCCGGCAGACGAGGCUGUGCUGCCAGGAGGGCUUCGCCUGCGCCGUGAAGGACGAGAUGUUCACGGGGUGCACCCAGACCGAGGAGAAGCACACGUGGGACAGCAAGUCGAUCCCCAUCCCCUCCGACUGGGAUGGCACCGUCCUCGGUGGCAGUCGCGCGGAGUACUCGGUGCCCCCCGCCGGCGACGGCGAGGAGAAGAUGGGCGACGUGCUCUUCUGCUUCAUGGCCUACCUGCCCGACUCGGCGGAGGUGGGUCUUAUGAACCUCGCGAAGGAGCUGAACGCCAGCAUCUUCGCGUGCGACUCCCAUUCCGUCUACGAGUCGUGGGGAUCUGGCUCCGCGGGGUGGGACACCGGCGAGUCCACGAUCACCAACACCGACGUCUUCCUGAACGUCUGGCAGCAGGUGCGCGACGAGGGCAAGUGGCUGGCGGCGGACUGGACCGUCAAGGUCGACCCAGACGCGGUGCUCGUCGCGGAGCGCUUGAAGUGGCACAUCGGGGCGUUGAACGCGCCAGCGUAUAGGCCCAUUUACCUGAAGAACAACGGCAUGGACCCAGGGCUGGGCAACAAUGGUUUCCUCGGUGCCAUCGAGGUCUUCUCGAACGCGGCGGUCGAGAUAUACUUCGACAACUGGGAGGGCUGCAGGGACGCCUACGGCCUCAACACCGGCGAGGACGGAUUCUUCAAGGGUUGCAUGGACUCCCUCGGCGUCGGCUACAUGCUGGACGCUAACAUAUUCAAGCCGGACUUCUCCCCAGGCGGGUGCGCCAACGGCGACAUGGUGGGGUUCCACCCGCUGAAGGAGUGGAGUCAGUGGCGGUGCUGCUGGGACAUCAUCUUGGGCAAGAACAGGAAGGUCGACUUCGGAAAGUGCGACAUGGGCGAGGACGGGAUGGGCCCCGCCGAGGAGCCCCCCGACUACGUCAUGCCGGGCAAGCGGUAA